UUACCACGAACUCCUACCACGCCUGAUAUCGGCGAUCCCCUGCCUGGACAAACAGCUGACGCCAGCCAAUUACCGCGAGCGCUGGCACGCGCUGCUCUACGUCGAGGAGGUCAACUCUGUUCUGCAGUUGCGCUCCUACGACAUGCGCCGCGUGCAGUUUCGCCCGAGCGGCGAACAUCUUGUGCUCGAAGUGCCUGGCGUGCAGGAGAAGCGACCGUCGCUGAUUGUCGGUGACGCCGUGUAUGCUACGCCGCCGCUACGGGCGCCUGCUCCAGAAAUUGGUAUCAAAUACGAAGGAUUCAUUCAUAAAAUCGUGCGCAACGAUCUGUACAUAAAGUUCAACCCUAACUUCCACCAGUGUUUCGACGAGAAGGAUUAUGACGUCAGCUUCGUGUCGAACCGUGCUGCCUUUCGAAAGUGUCACCAGGCGGUCAAUGUCGCCUACAAGAACCUCACCACCAGUUGGCUCUUCCCGUCCAGUCUGAAGCCGUCUCCGCCUCUAUCGUUCCUGAGGAUGACGCUGACUGUAGACGAUCAAGAGCAAGAGAGUGUGGAUGAUGUCGAACAGUCACAGUCUACUGUUAGUGAAAAUGAAACAAAAAAUAUUGAGGUCAAUGGGAAUUGUGAGGAAACUGUUCCGAAGUUGUCGAACGGCGUUGAAGAAUUGUUUAAGAAAGUGUCUCAAGAAAAGGAUGGUCAGUUGUUAGCUAGUUCUACUACCCAGCAGGUUGACACUUCCACAAAGUUGUCGAAUGGUGUUGAAGAGUUGUUCAAAAAAGUGUCCCAAGAUCAGUUGUCAACCAGUUCUCCGCAGACUGAAACCUCCCCAAAUUUGAAAGACUUGAUAUUCAAAAUGCCGCUGAAAAAUGCUGCAGCUAAUAAUGGUAACGUUGUGGCUAGUAAUAUGAAUGAGACUGAUAACGUGAAUAAGUGUAAUAGACUUCCAGUAGCUGAUUGGUUGUCGAAAACGUCGAAAAAACGUCGCAACCUGAUGGACUUUUUGAAUAUGGACGAGGAAAAACAUACGGAAAUGACUGCGUGCCAAAACGGCAACCAGGCUCCGCCUUUUCCCGGCCAAAUCCAGACUCUCGAGGAGGUCGAGAAGCAAAUGAUGAUGAAAUCCCCGCCGAAGAAUAUGGUCACUUUGUCCGAAAUCGAGAAACCUCUGCUGGACAAAUCUCGAAACUUCACUGUUGAGGAGAACAGUAAGAAAGUGGCUUGGAAUGACGAUAGCAGCAUCGCGAAGAAGGCGGUUGUCAAAGAUGUCAAAGUGGAAGAGUGUCAAGUGAAGGUGAAACUGGUUUGGUUCAACACGCGGUUGAAUUACUAUCAGAAGGAGGCCGUACGACGUAUUCUACGCAAUGAGGCGAGGCCUUUGCCGUACAUUAUUUUUGGACCACCUGGCACGGGCAAAACAGUCACUCUGGUCGAAACGGCUCUGCAAAUUCUCUCUCUAAGUACCGAGAGCAGAUUACUGAUAGCGUCGCCUUCGAACAGUGCAGCCGAUUGCAUCAGUGAGAAGCUGAUCGACACGGGCUUUUUCCCGGUCGGCACUCUGGCCCGACUGUGCUCGCUCACCUACAUGUCGAACGAGAGGUGCUCGGAGAAGCUGGCACCCUACUGCACAUCUGCCGAGUUCCGGGUUAGGUCAGGAGAACAAACCUUCAUCAAUGAAGAUGGAUUGAGGAGUUCAACACGACAGGCGCUGGGCAGACACCGUGUGACGGUGGGAACAUGCGUCACGUUGCUAGACAACAAGACAGCCAGUCUGCGGUUUGGGGAUCCACAACAGCUGGGUCCGGUGAUAUUCAGCCGGCACGCGAAACAGCUGGGUCUGGGCACGUCGCUGAUUGGCCGCCUCCUCGACUCGUUCCCCUACUGCCGCGAUGCGCGCUCCUUCCCCACCACACACGGCUUUGACCCGCGCCUCGUCACGCAGCUCGUCGACAACUAUCGCAGUCUGCCCGAGAUACUCAAACUGCCCAGUCAGAUGUUCUACGAGGAUCGGCUGGUGCCGCAU